AAAGCUGCUCUUGGCCUUGCUAAUGUGGAAACGAGACACUGAAUUUGAAUAAAAAUCUGUCGUGGAUCGAAUGAGGUUGAUACAGUUUGAGAAAUAAACAUUUUGUAAAAGUUUACUUGAAGUUUCGUUAUUGCUGUUAAAUCGCGCGCAAAGAAGGCACUUUAGUGGCCAAAGUUCGAGUUGAACGGACAGCAAUCAAUGCAUAUGAAAUUUAGAUCAUUCUAUAUCACUUUGAUAUGAAGGUAUCUUAUCAGUUUUGCGCAUUGACGAGAGCACAAGUUUUUAUCUAUCGGCUUUUUGUUGUAAUUUUAUUCGUAAUUUCCCAUGAGGUGAGUAAAAAUCGCAUCGUUGCCUCGGGCUUCAGUUGAAAGGCAUCCGCUUGAUAAAUCAGUGGGCAAUUCGCCGUGUGAAGCUCACAAUUACAUAAUGAAUAAAUUGAUAUUGUUGUGCAUAUCACUCGUCAUUUCUACGGCUUAUUGUGACUUGUGCAGUCUUUGUGAGUGCGACGAAAGGGGCGAUAUUCUACACAUUUUCUGUCGAACAACGAAAAGCAAUCGUACAAUUGAACUGGAUAACAUUGCAUGGCCAGCAGCGAAGAAAAUUGAAGCACAUUUCAACCAUCUCGGACUCAGAUUUUUGCCCAAAUUGACUGAAGACGCUAGUGUGAUUGGAUUAGAUUUUGACGACAAUGAAAUUAGUAUAUUCACACCUGAGCCACUGCAGUUCUUCAAAAAUCUCGAGAGAUUCUCCUUGGCUAAUAAUCAAAUAACCGAAAUCCCUAAAGAUUUUAUCCGCAGUCCCACGAAACUGAAACAUCUCAAUCUUUCCAACAAUGUCCUCGAGGAUGUGGAUGAGAAGAUGUUCAAGUAUCUCAAGGAACUCCAAAGUCUAGAUCUCAGCCACAACAAAUUCCGCAAAGUGUCCUCGGAGCUUCUGUCUGCACUAAAUCGCGUGGAGAGGCUCAAUCUUGAGGGCAAUCUAAUAUUUGAUAUUGAAGAUCUGGAUGAUGACACAGAUGACAGUCACGAGGAUGUGAGAGUGCCUGAAAGGCACUUGAACAUCAAGGAGUUGAAUCUGGCCAAGAAUAAUUUUGCAGUCAUAACGGCAAAAACUUUUGCCGACUUUGAUAAAUUGGAAAUGCUGGACAUUUCGCAAAAUAAGAUCAUAAAUGUGAAUCAGAAAGCAUUUAAAUACAUGAAGCACCUGAAGAGUCUGGAUUUGUCUGAUAAUGCUAUAGAAGACCUUCACCUGCAUCUACCAGAUUCCGUGGAGAAUUUCUAUGCAAAAGGCAAUCGAAUUAAGUUGUGGCCUCUCACCAAAAUCCCGGAAGCAAUCAAGGAGAUUCACAUUGAGAACAAUCGUCUCACAGAACUCUUCACGUUGACUGAUACAUCGUCCAAUUUGACCUUUUUCAAUGUAUCCGACAACCUAAUUGAAUUCAUGCCUCACCAUGUGACUCUUCCAGAAUUAACUGUCCUGGAUUUGAGUUACAAUCAACUGACUUCUGUGCCUCAGGGAAUGUCAACCAGAGCCCCAUCUCUGCAAACCCUCAUUCUCGACCACAAUCCUAUCGAGACUAUUCUCUUUGUCGACCAAAUAACCGUGGGCAAUCUAUCCCUCAGCAACAUGCCCCUCAUCCGUUCGGUGGAUGCCAAAGCUUUCUCCGCUGUGAGCGGGAGACAUUCGCAGGAAAACCACACUUGUGUCUCUAUCUCCAUCUCACGGUGCCCCCUUCUGCAGGAGAUCCAUGAGCAAGCCUUUGAGGGUGUUAAUCUAUGCAAGCUUGAUUUGAGUGGGAACAAUUUAACAAAAAUCCCGGAGAACCUCACAAAUUGGUCGAAUCUUGAAGAUGGAAUAGACUUUCAGGACAAUCCCUUGGAUUGUUCGUGCAGUGCCCAGUGGAUGCUGGACACAGUGCUAAACAUUCUCUACCAAAGACCAGAACACCAGCACUACCUUUCAGAUCUCAGAUGUGCUUCUCCGGAAGAAUUUGCCGGACAGAGAAUCGUAAGGUACUACAGAAGGCGCCUGGCUUUUUGCAAUCCCACCGCUCGGAUGGUCAUCAAACCUAUCGAGGAAUCCGAAACUGCGGAAGCUGGCUUUCAUUUGCACCUGAACAAGGGCCCAGGAGUUGGAAUUAUUAUUGGAGUGUCUUGUUUUGUUGUCCUAGCCUUGAUGGCCGGAGGACUUUAUAUGGUCCGCGUUGAGAAGCAACGUUUGAGGAGAAACAGACAAAAGAGAUUGUUCAGGGAAAUUCAGUAAUAUUUUGUAAAUAUUUUUUAGGAAAUUUUAGAAUUGUAUAUAGCUUUACUACUAAAAGCAUUGAUAUAUAGAACUUCAAGAUACAACAGGACAUUCUGCCCUCCUCGUCGUCCUACAACAAUAGACAAAAGAAAAAUUCAUUACAAUUUUCCUGGAGAUGUACGGAAACACUUAGAUAUCGAGUAUGGCAGAUGAGAGGGACAUCCAUCCUCGAAACAUUAUUGUGGUGAAUAAAAUUGUGAAAAUCAAGAGAGGUUCAGCGUUUGCGUCCAUCUCCUGUUACCCUGUUACAUUCCAUCGGAUCGAAAGUCUUCCAUAAUUUUCCUAAUAUAACCUAACCUCAUUCAAAACAUUUUUUUUUAAAUUUAUUUUUGCAGAAGUUAGCAAAUAGAUCAUAAAUUUGUAUAUUGAAUAAAAGCGUUUUAAAUUUCA